UGACCUCUGACCUAUGAUGUCAUCCCUACAUCCGGGAACUCCACCCUGCAGACAAGAUGGCGGACGGUCGGGACGAUGUCUGGAGAACUUUGCGAGAACAGCAUGUGACUGCACUCACCACCCUGACCAAUGUGGCAGCAGAAGCACCUUAUGUGCCUUUUGCAGCUUUCAGCGAUGGUGACCUGAAGAUGGACAGUUCGGCUGGCCCCAGCCCUACCGGCGCCGGCGGGGGCUUUCUCUACCAGAGGAGCAACAGUACUCACACUUCAGAGUCGUCAGUUCCAAAUACAGCUGCGUUUGGUGAAACAGAUUUCAAGGCAGGUGACUUCGAGCAGAGGCCGUAUCGACAGAACAGUUUUUCCAGUAGGGCGUCGACGGCAUCGGAAGGGUCCUCAGUUCCCAAUACAGAUGAUGAGGAUAGUGACGCACAUCACAGCGCCUCCAGUUACAAGGAACGGCGGCGGAACGCGCACACAGCUGCGGAGCAGAAGAGGAGAGAUGCCAUAAAGAAAGGGUAUGAUGAGCUCCAGCAGAUGGUUCCCACGUGCCAAACCCAGGACCAGAUCGGCUCGCAGAAACUCAGCAAAGCCACGGUGCUGCAGAGAUCCAUUGACUACAUCAGCUUCUUGGUUCAGCAGAAGAAGAAACAGGAAGAUGAGCUGGAUGCUCUCAGGAAGGACGUCAUGGCUCUCAAAAUCAUGAAGGGGAAUUACGAGGAGAUAGUUGAAGCCCACCAGAACACGCCGACUCAGGGACAGAACCAGGUGUCAGACGAGGUGAAGUUUAACGUGUUCCGCUCGGUGAUGGACCAUCAGUUCCAGUCCUUUAACCAGUCCAUCUCCGUGGCCAGUUUUGCCGAGCUGUCGGCCUGCGUCUUCAGCUGGCUAGAGGAACACUGCAAACCUCAGACGUUACGAGAACUCAUGCUGAGUGUUUUGAGACAAGUCAACAACCAGCUCUUCUAGCAGUACCUUGGGUCUACAACGCUACAUGGGAAAAAUACCAGGAAAGAGCAAGAGUGAUUUGUUUUUCACAACAUUUAUUUAUUGUCAUACACAAUAUUAUGAUUACAAGGUGCUAUUGCUUUUUUUCAAUUUGACAUUCAGGGCAAAAAUUAAAAUGCCCCUUUAUAAAGUUUUCAUUCAGUUAUUCUGUACAGCUCUUAUCCUAAUACCUGUCAAAUUUCAUAACUCUCUACAUAAUAAAAACUCUUUUGUUUUGAUCAUUCUUUUUCUGAUACAGUGUCAACUACUAGACUAAGUAGCUAGAAUACAGCAGAUUCUUUUGGUCUGAUUGGUUGUUUCCCAUAACAGUACAUGUACAUUUUGUAUAGUGCUGGUAGCUCAUAAGCCAUGUGUGUAUUUACUGAUGUACAUAGUGUUUGAUAUGAGAUGUAUUGGAGAAAAAUUAUUGUAAAUAUUUCUCUACAUUGUAUAAAACAUUUACAGUCUUUCAUUGAUGAUGCUUAUUGCUUACCAUUAAGACACGUGGAUACAAGAAUUAGAUAAUGACUAGUGGAUGAAUUUGAAAUUAAGAACAUUAGCAGCAUUUGUACUCUUUGUAAGCUAGAAUUUAAGAAUCAUUUUUGUCCAAGAAGAUUACGAUGAAAGUUGUUUUGUAGUCCUUUAAAAAUGAUGCUACAUGUACAAUAUCAGAACUCUUGGACUUUGAAUGAAAACUUUGUUUUUUGAAUAAUUUAUUGCAGUAUCUACAGAUUGGGUUACAGUAUUGCAGUAUGAAAUAUUGUAUAAAGUACAUGUACAUUGUACAACAUGUAUGAAUAAAAUGUAUAGAUGCAGACAA